GGACACCCACUUCCCUCACAGGCUAGGAAUCAUGUGGCUGAUAGAUGCAAACACUUUAGAGAUGUAAAAUUUUAGGUUAACUGGACUGCUCAAUUAAGGAGCAAGAAUCUACUUUGGGGUUGGGAAAUAACCUUGUAUGACAGUCCCAUACAGGGGGAGCGUGAAUCUGAUGUGGACCUUCCUCCACCUUCUCUUCCUGGAGCAAACUCUUCACCCCAGGCCUGCUCUCCUCUACAAAACAUACAGACAACACCAGGUCCUGGGUCCCUGGAGGAUACCACCGAUACUGUGAGGUGAUGGUGAAGUGAUGGUGGCUGAUGCACAGGGGUAAAUGCAAGACGAUCAACACCUUCAUUCAUGAGGAUGUGGCCACGUUGGCAUAUUUCUGCAGAAUUCCACUUCUGCCCUCUACCAACAGCUGCUGCGUGCACAACGGUCACAAAGGAAAAAAAAUGAAGAUGUUAUUUAAAAUAUUGGCUCCUUAAAUCAGAGAUUCUGAGGUUUCUUUACAGACUCACCAAAACCCACUUCUUGCUGCAUUGGGGACUGCAUACUCAGCUAGACUUUUGGACUCCUCCUCCAGCACCAGCGAAUGUGGUUGUUCUCCCGGGUCCACACAGCCUCUACCAGGUGUCCUCCCAGCAAGGCAACCGCCUUUCCACUUGUGGCCUGAAGAACCCUGGACUCCACUCUGCUCCUGGGGAUUCACCCUUCCCACCAGAGCACCGCCAGGAAAUGGCCAGCCUUAUGGUGACCUGGGCUCCAUGUUGCUGCUUGUCCAGCUGGACAUGCUCCUGGCUCCCUCUCCUCAGACCAGAGGGUACCCACAAAUAGUUUGAGGACACAGGGAUUUUCCUGGAGUUGUCUUCUAGGACUGGCACCAGGACCAGAACCCUAGAGAUUCAAAUCUCUUACCAGUGCUCUCCUGUCAAGAGCUGCCUCCUUAGUUCCAGACCCUUGAGCUGGUGACAGAAGCCUUCUUUCAGGAGGCUAUUCACUUGAACUUCAAAGGUCUUUAAUUCCCUGUUAUCUCAGAAGAUUAGUAUUGUGGGAACAGAAGGUUCCACCAGGUCCUCUAUGGAGAGAGAAAAGGAUUAGGGAUUUGGGGUUUUGGUUUAGCUUCAGUUCCUCUCAACUCUGACCUUACAGGAGUGGUCGCUGUAGAUGCGAACCACCCACACACUCACCUUCCGAACCCACGUCGGCUGCAGUGGCCACACUGGGCUAGGUCACAGGCGGGCACUACCUCCCUGCCCCUGGACCUGAGAAGCCUCCAGCUGGAUGCCUCACCCCCCCCUCCUCACAGAAGGAAUUUCAACCGCUCCAGGACUCCUGGGGAGAGAGAGGACCUUCAUUUCCCUCCUGCUUGGUGAUCACACGUUUAUGUGCCCUCUGCUAACCACUACUGAGGGCUCUUUGGUGAAAAUGGCCCUGAGAUUACAAAGACUUUGCUGGAGUUCAGGCACCAGUGCUGUGGUGACUUUCUCUGCUGCUCCUUGUGAACCAGCAGACCCAUGAGAUUCACAGGAAGGUUCCUAUAGGCAAAGACUCAUCCUUCCCAGCAAUGCUGCAAAAGUUUGGCCUGGCUGAUUCCUCACCCCUUGCUCCCAACGUCCUCGAUUCCCUCUGGACUGAAAGCAAGAUGCUCCUCCCACCCUUCUUUUCUUAGAAGCCAAGCCCCUUUGUAAUCUAUAUAAGAUUCAUACCCCGGGGAUCCAGGGAUUGCAGAGACUGGCCUUCUGCUCUCACCUGAAGACAAAGCUAGAGACCCAGGUCAGUAGCCCAAGAGGCAGUCUCAGGGACUCCUUCUGCUUAAGGGUUGGAGAAGAAGGAUCAGGGUGGGUGAGGCUCGCAUGGAGAAAGCUUGGGCUAGGCAAAUAUCCAGAUGGAGCAUGGGAGCUGCAGACAACUAAUGAAUGGGGCUGGAGAAAGAGCAGCAGCCCCCCUGCCCCAAGCUGGGGGACACAAGCACCUCUCUUUGGAAUACAAUGGCAUCCCUUUGUGAUGCCAGUGUUGGGCAGUGGGCUGCUUCCCUUGUGUUGGAGGACAACAGAGCUCUGUCAGUUAUGAUCCUAGAUGUUCUGGUGGUAUCUCAGGGAUGCAAUUUAGCUCACAGUUUAUUCAAAAGGAUUUUCUAAUGAGCCACUUGAGUUCUGGGUCUAGAUGUAUUUUAAAUUUAAAACUCCCUAGUAUUCAGGCACAGGACUGCAGGAUUUGAGGUCACUUUCAAUGUCACCACCCGGAGGGGAAGACCACCUCUCUCUAGCUAGUAGGAGAACAGUGUAUGUGAGUGUGUCAUUACUUGGAAAAUUGUGCAGAGGGAGGGAUAUCUUUCUGGAGGACCCAAAGGGAGACUGUAAGCCAGAGAGGCCACAGGUAGGAGCUGGGGUUCUCUUUCUCAGGCAGCGCUUUCUCUCUCCUCUCCCUUUCCUAGCUAGGCUCUCCCAGGGAAGUGAGACCACCAUGGCUCAGAAAACGUUCUGCAUCUUGUUCCCACUUCUGGUCCUGGUGCUGCUGGCGCUGGGGUACGUCCAGCCUUCUCUGGGCAAGGAAUCCCGGGCCAUGAAGUUCCAGCGGCAGCACGUGGACUCGAACCCCACCAACUUCGGCCCCAACUACUGCAACGAAAUGAUGAGGCGCCGGCAAAUGACAGACGGACAGUGCAAGCCGGUGAACACCUUUGUACAUGAGCCUCUGGCAGAUGUCCAGGACGUCUGCCUCCAGGGAAAUGUCACCUGCAAGAAUGGGCAGCCCAACUGCCACCAGAGUGUCUCAAAGAUGAAUAUCACCGACUGCCACCUGAGGCGUAGCUCCAGAUACCCCAGAUGUAUAUAUGAGACCACCCAGAAAGAUAAAUACAUCAUCGUGGCCUGUGAGGGGGACCCGUAUGUGCCAGUCCACUUUGAUGAUUCUAUUUAGGUCUCCACCUGAGGCCGGAGCAGUGAGAUGCACCCCCUCACCACUGUGACCCCUGCGUCUCCCCUCUCCCUUCCCUGCCCUGAGGGAAGUAACUCAAGUUGGUGCUCCUCCCCAGUACACAAAUGUUUCCCUGCCCAAGGCUUGCCCUUGCAUGGUUUGAGGGGUGAGGUGUGCCCCAUGUUAACCACUUCACAACUUCUUUCAAUAAAACACAGUUGCAUCCACCUGUA